AUGGCAUCGUCUUCGUCAAACGUGGUGGGAGUCCACUACCGAGUGGGCAAGAAGAUCGGUGAAGGUUCAUUCGGUGUGAUUUUCGAGGGUACCAACCUUCUGAACAACCAGCAGGUUGCGAUCAAAUUUGAACCCCGGAAAAGCGAUGCUCCCCAGCUGCGUGAUGAAUACCGCACAUACAAGAUUCUGGUCGGAUGCCCUGGUAUUCCCAAUGUCUAUUACUUUGGACAAGAGGGUCUGCACAACAUUCUGGUGAUUGACCUUCUUGGCCCCAGUCUGGAAGACCUCUUCGAUCACUGCAACCGCCGGUUCUCCACCAAGACCGUGGUGAUGGUCGCCAAGCAGAUGCUUUCGCGCGUCCAAACGAUUCACGAGAAAAACCUCAUCUACCGCGAUAUUAAGCCCGACAACUUCCUGAUCGGCCGCCCAGGCACGAAAGCCGCCAACGUGAUCCACGUUGUUGAUUUCGGCAUGGCCAAGCAGUAUCGCGACCCCAAGACCAAGCAGCACAUUCCCUACCGCGAACGCAAAUCUUUGUCCGGUACCGCUCGUUACAUGAGUAUCAACACACAUCUGGGUCGUGAGCAAUCACGACGGGAUGAUCUGGAGGCUCUGGGGCACGUCUUCAUGUACUUCCUGCGCGGCGGUCUCCCCUGGCAGGGGCUGAAGGCUGCCACCAACAAGCAAAAGUACGAGAAGAUUGGAGAGAAGAAGCAGACCACCGCCAUCAAGGAACUCUGCGAUGGAUAUCCAGAAUUCAACAAAUACCUGAGCUAUGUGCGCAACCUUGGUUUCGAGGAUACCCCUGACUACGAUUACCUCCGCGACCUCUUGACGCAAGCCAUCAAGAACGCCGGUGAGGUGGAGGAUGGCGAAUACGACUGGAUGAAGCUGAACAACGGCCGAGGCUGGGACUACAAGUCGCACUCAUCACAAGCUCACCUCCACAACUACCACCAGACCUCGUCCGGACGUGAUGUGGCCCACGGACAGCAGCUUCGCAACAGUCAGCGGCCCGGUGUGACGGCCGAUCGUUUAAACGCCGCGCAGCCCCCGCCCCCAUCUCCAGCCAAAGCCGGAGCUGGGAAGACGCGCGAGCGGCCAAGCGCCUCCGCCGGGAUGCCACCGAAACGCCAGAGCGGGGGCUUGGAAGCGCACACUCCAGCCGCGUCCACCCAGGCACAAUUCCAGAACUCCAAUGCUCACCUGCCCAGCCGGAUCGGGAGCCCCGGUAACCCCGGCAUGGGCAGCCAGCAGCUUGGAGGGACUCAGGGCAAUAAUGACUCGCAGCCCACUUUCGUUCAGAAAGUGAUGAAGGCUCUGUGCUGCGGUAGGUGA